ACGGGCAUCCGGAGCAGCCCCUGUCCACAGCAGGCCCUCCGGGGCUGGAGCAACCCCCUGCCCAUGGCGGCUGGGAACUUAGAAUUGUGGCAAAGCCACACGUGCAUCUGACGAAGUGGGUCUUUGCCCACGAAAGCUUAUGCUCCAAUACAUCUUAGUCUAUAAGGUGCCACAGGACUUCUCGUUGUUUAUAUAAGUACAACUGCCAUUUCUCAAAAAAUAAAGCAGGCCUUGGAUAUGACAGCAUGGUUCACAGGACACGUGGGUGAAAAAAGGAAGGUUUCAGCUGGAGCCUCUGUGUUCCUUUUACCUGUUUGCAACUUUAUGUCCCACGAAAAGUGCCUGAAGCAUGUGAGGAUACCAUGCUCAUGUAUUGCUCCAAGUCUCGUAAGGGUUCCAGUUGCACAUUGUUUUGGACCUCCGGGACAUUACAAAAGAAAGUUUUGCACUGUGUGCAGAAAGCAGUUAGAGUCCCCUGCAUAUCGAUGUGAAGUGUGUGAACUCCACGUGCAUGCCGAUUGUCUCCCGUUUGCUUGCAGCGACUGUCGUCAGUGCCACCAACAUGGGCACCAGGAUCACGAUACCUACCAUCACCACUGGAGGGAGGGAAUUCUUUCGUCCAGUGCUCGCUGUGAGGUGUGCAAGAAAACCUGUGGUUCCUCAGAGGUGCUCUCUGGCAUGAGAUGUGAGUGGUGCGGCAUUCUGGCUCACGCUUCUUGCUACAUUAUUGUGCCACCAGAAUGUACUUUUGGAAGACUAAGGGACAUGAUCCUUCCUCCAAAUUGUGUGCGUUUGGUUUCUCGCAAUUUCAGCAAAAUGCACUGUUUUCGGAUAUCAGAGAGCCUGCAAACAGAACCAGAUGAAGAUGAGGAUGUUGAUGGCUUAACACAGGCGUCUGUGAAAGAUGCCCAAAUUUCAACAGAAUCAAGUAAACAAACAUUAAAGAUAUUUGAUGGGAACGAUGCAGUAAAACGCAAUCAAUUUCGACUGAUUUCCGUUGCAAGGAUUGCAAAAAGUGAAGAGGUUGUGGAGGCCGCGCUGAGAGCAUACUACAUCAACGACGAUCAACAGCACUAUGAGCUCCAGACUUUUACUCAGCAGACCUUGUUUUCUGAUGACGUCAUCAACAGAAACAACGGUGCAGAAGAAACCAGCUCUGGCCCCGUGUUCCGAGAGGCGGUGCCCGAAGCGUGGAUCAUCAGAGCCAAAUCGAGAGAGCAAGAAGUACUAAGAAUUUAUCCCGGGUGGCUGAAAGUGGGAAUGGCAUACAUCUCUCUAGUGAUAAAUAAGGAAAGCACCACUGAGACAGUAAUUAAAGAAGUUCUUCCACUACUAGGACGGCAGAUGGAAAGCCCCCAGAAUUUCAAACUGGUAGAAGUACUCAUGGGCAGUAAGCAAGUUCAGCGAAUGGUGCUGGAUAACCAGGAGAAGAUUCUGGGCAGACUUAGGGACAUAAGAAAGACUUCAAUACGUCAGAUGAAUCAAACAAGAUUUUACAUGGUAGAAAAUAAUAAAUCUGUCGUGCGGGUACGUUUGUUUGUGGGCGGCUUGCCACCUCAGCUCUCUGCUGAAGAAUACACUAACAUCCUCAAGGAGGAAUUAGCUAUCAAAACAAACCUGCUUUCUGUGAGUCAUGUUUACGCAGUGCAAGGUGCUGUUGUACUUGAAAUUUCGUGUUUUUCCGAAGCUGAAAGAAUAUAUAUGCUAGCUAAAGACACAAUGAUCAAUGACAAACAGCUUACUGCCACUGUGCUUCCUGAAGUUCUGCACUCCAAGCUGCCGCAGGUCUGCUGUCCACUACUUGUGUUUGUGAAUCCCAAAAGUGGAGGCCUGAAAGGCCGAGAUCUACUCUACAGUUUUAGAAAACUGCUAAAUCCUCAUCAGGUCUUUGAACUCACUAAUGGAGGCCCACUGCCUGGGUUUCACACGUUCUCUCAAGUUCCCCGUUUCCGAGUGCUGGUGUGUGGAGGUGAUGGCACCGUUGGUUGGGUUCUUGGUGCGCUGGAGGAAAUCAGAUACAAACUCGUCUGUUCAGAGCCCUCUGUCGCCAUCUUACCUUUAGGAACAGGUAAUGAUUUAGGGAGGGUGCUUCGCUGGGGAGCUGGUUACAGUGGGGAAGACCCCUACUCCAUUCUGGUGUCUGUAGAUGAAGCUGACCAUGUCUUUAUGGAUCGCUGGACCAUCCUUCUAGAUGCUCAGGAGGUUGUUGAAAGUGCAGAGAAUGUUAUUCUGGAACCGGAACCUCCAAAGAUUGUACAAAUGAACAAUUAUUGUGGUCUUGGGAUUGACGCUGAACUGAGUUUGGGCUUCCACCAUGCUAGAGAGGAAGAGCCAGGCAAAUUUAACAGCAGGUUUCACAACAAAGGAGUAUAUGUAAAAGUUGGACUUCAAAAGAUAAGUCACACGAGAAACCUCCACAAAGAUAUAAAACUUCAAGUGGACCAGCAUGAAAUAGAAUUACCCAGUAUCGAAGGCCUCAUUUUCAUUAAUAUCCCCAGUUGGGGGUCUGGAGCUGAUCUCUGGGGAUCUGACAAUGAUAAUCGAUUUGAGAAGCCGAGAAUGGAUGACGGCCUACUAGAAGUCGUGGGGGUGACUGGUGUUGUUCACAUGGGCCAAGUGCAGGGUGGCCUGCGGUCAGGGAUCCGCAUAGCUCAAGGGUCUUACUUUCGUGUUACGCUUCUGAAACCGAUACCUGUUCAAGUAGACGGAGAGCCCUGGAUCCAGCCUCCGGGCCAGAUCAUCAUUUCUGCGGCGGGGCCAAAGGUCUGCAUGCUGAAAAAAUCCAAACAGAAGCAGAAAAAAACUGGAAGCUUGAAAGAGACAAGAACGGAAAACGUAUCCGUCUCUGAAGCGGGACAUUAAAUGGAGCAGGUCUUUAUGGAACAAAAGCCGCUCACUUACUGUAGAAGAAAGGAGCUUGCAUGGCGUAGCUUUGUGCAGGGAGUUGGUAAAGACGGGUUUCUAAUGAGCCUGCCCUUUAUUCCAUGUUAAUAGUACUGUGUUCUGCCUGUUUUGUUACAUGAUUGUGCCUCGUUAGGUGGCUGGCGCACACCUGCUUGUAUGCCACUUGUUUCAUUUGAAAUGUUUGCCUUUGGUAGCCUUCUGUAAGCUGUUGCCCAAUUUGUGGUUUGUGCUGCUAGACAACAUUGCUGUUUACCCUGUGGAGCGCCUCACUCUUGUUUUGGCAACAUUUUCAUUUUGUGGAGAAAUGUCUAGCCUCUCUGUGACGUGCUCCCUCAUUGCCAGGUUGUGUUCAGCUAGCCCCGACCAUGUCUUCCAACAUACCGAACGGUAGGAGCGCAUCUCGUUCCCGUUGUGCUGCGCACUUCUUCAGUGAGGCCAAACAAUAUGACUGGAGGCCACCCUGCUUGAGACCACGUUAUUUGAGAUGACUCAACGUAGCGAUAACGAUCCCUUCAUUAAGAUGCCACGGACGCAGGAGAAAAAUUGUGCGGAACCAUACCAGUCCAAACGGUUAAGACCGUAUCGUUUCAACAUGGUUUACCUGGACCAGUGAAUGGGGGAAAAAAUGUUUUAAACUUACGAAAUGGUCCAGCCUCUUCCAGAGUCACCAAAUGCUGUUGAAGGCUUGUUGAAUUUCAGCAGCUAUCUCUUGAGUAAAUGGAGGCAAAAUUACCUCAGUAAUAUAUGUGGACAACAGACCUCUUGGGCUCUUCGUUUUCCUCCCCUGCUAGGUGUUCUGUCUUGGGUGACUUCAUACUCCUCCGUACAUCCUCAUUUGUCUUAGUUCAAAUUCAUUUUCUUAAAUCCAGUGUGUAAUGUAUUGUGACUGCGCCUUUCCACACAAGCUCUGGUUGCUCAUUCUGGUAAAAAGAUCAGGGGAGUUUCAAAACCAGGUGUUUGUACUUGCUGCCCUGCCCCAGGGCUAACGAGCUGAAGGUUGGUAGAACACUACAUCUGUUGCCCACAGCCACUGUCUCAUGGGCUUUUCUCACUACUCCUUCCCUUUGCAUCGCUGUCCGCUCUCCGGGGGUCUCUGGCGAUCGAAGUCAGGCGGAAAUGAAUGGGCUUGAGGAGCAGUGUCAAAGAUGCCCAACAACUGAGGUAGAAGGAACUUGCACAGUCUCACCCCACACCGGCACAGGAGACUGAUGUCUUUCGGCCUUGUGUCCCACAAAUCUUGACCAAUGGAACUGCUCCCAGCUGUGUCCCUAUGAACGUGAGUCCCCCUAGCAGACGACUGGGCGUGCUUACCCUCGGCUGUCGAAAGAACUGAUGAAAUACAUUAUAGCCGCCUCUGCUUGCGGGGGAUCAGCAAAUCGGAGAAGAA